AUGUCUACCCCCGACGAUAUCGCAGCCCAACUUGCCGAGAUAAAGGAUGAUAUCAUCAGUAUGGCCGACUACCGCAUCUACCCAGUCAUACUGGAGAGCGUGUUAUUCGCUUUGUAUACGGUGCUCAUGAUCUUCCACUGUAUCAAGUACAGCCACGACAAAAAGCGGGCCGUCGGUAUCUUCGCUGUCUCUAUCUGUCUUUUCAUCAUGUGUGCUGCCACUUGGGCCCUGGACGUUUGGAUUCUCUCUUUGGAGUUGUAUCGAUUUCUUCCUAGUCGAGCAUCGCCUGGCGGUACUGCCAACCCUCUCUUUCAAGCCCUCAAGGAGCUCAACGGGACCGCGACGUACGCUCGCGCCCUCUGCAACAUAGUCAUCUUCAUCUUCUGCGACUCCAUCUCGCUUUGGAGGGCGUACCUCAUCUACGGUAGACCUCGAUGGUUGCGAGUGGUAUGCUACCUGAUCUUUGUAGCCUCGUCCGCCUUCUACAUCGUGAACGUGCUGCUGCGCGCCGGAGAUGACCUCGCAAACCCACCUCCAUCCACGGUCCACCUCUCUAAGCUCGAUCACGGAGCCUUACUAUGGCUCAUGGGCUCUGCAUCAAGAGGAUCGACGGUAUUAGCGCAAGUCUUUGCAACCAUCUUGAUCGCCAGGAAGGUUGUUUCAUACCGUAAGGAAAUCAAAGACCUAAUGCCUACCCAUGGUGGACCGCACAACUCGCGAAGGCUGAUAGCAGUGCUGUACGUCGUGGUAGAGACCGGUGUCGUCUACUCACUUCUGUGGGUUAUAUACUUCGUCUCCAACUUAGGCGUCCUCGGCGAGACGGGUGGGUACUGGGGGGACUACUGGAUGUGCCAACUAUCUGGCAUCUGCCCCACACUCAUCGUUGUUGUCGUCUCGCAACGAUCGUCCAUUCUUGAGCAGGCUCAUAUAUCAUAUCGCGUCUGGUCUAGCGACUGCACCCGUUCGCUUUGCCUCCAACAUGGAUAUAGAGCCUAG